AUGUUCCCUGCGCAGGACGCUCUGCCCCGCGGCGGGCUCAACCUGAAGGAGGAGCCGCUGCUGCCCGCCGGUCUGGGCUCGGUGCGCUCCUGGAUGCAGGGAGCGGGCAUCCUGGACGCCAGCACCGCGGCGCAGAGCUCCUUUCCUCCCCACAGUGGCAUAGGCCUGGCACGAGCACAUUUUGAGAAGCAGCCCCCCUCCAACCUCAGGAAAUCCAACUUCUUCCACUUCGUACUGGCCAUGUACGACCGGCAGGGGCAGCCUGUGGAGGUGGAACGCACAGCCUUCAUCGACUUUGUGGAAAAAGACCGAGAGCCUGGGGCUGAAAAGACCAACAAUGGGAUCCAUUACCGCCUCCGGCUGGUGUAUAACAAUGGACUUCGGACAGAGCAGGACCUGUAUGUGCGGCUCAUCGACUCCAUGUCCAAGCAGGCCAUCAUCUAUGAGGGGCAGGACAAGAACCCCGAAAUGUGCCGAGUGCUGCUCACCCACGAGAUCAUGUGCAGCCGGUGCUGUGACCGGAAGAGCUGUGGCAACCGGAAUGAGACGCCCUCAGACCCCGUCAUUAUUGACAGGUUCUUCCUCAAGUUCUUCCUCAAAUGCAACCAGAACUGCCUAAAGAAUGCAGGGAAUCCCCGAGACAUGCGCCGCUUCCAGGUGGUGGUGUCCACGACGGUGAGCGUGGAUGGACACGUGCUGGCCGUGUCUGACAACAUGUUUGUGCACAACAACUCCAAGCAUGGCCGCAGGGCGCGCCGCCUGGACCCCUCCGAAGCUGCCACCCCCUGCAUCAAGGCCAUCAGCCCUGGAGAGGGCUGGACCACAGGGGGCGCCACCGUGAUUGUCAUCGGCGACAAUUUCUUCGACGGGUUGCAGGUCGUGUUUGGGAACGUGCUCGUGUGGAGCGAGCUCAUCACGCCCCACGCCAUACGGGUGCAGACGCCCCCGCGGCACAUUCCUGGGGUGGUAGAGGUGACCCUCUCCUACAAGUCCAAGCAAUUUUGCAAGGGAGCCCCGGGCCGCUUUGUCUACACAGCCCUGAACGAGCCCACCAUUGACUAUGGAUUCCAGAGGCUACAGAAAGUCAUUCCCAGACACCCCGGAGAUCCUGAGCGGCUGCCCAAGGAAGUGCUGUUGAAGCGGGCGGCCGACUUAGCCGAGGCUCUGUACGGAGUGCCCAGCAGUAACCAGGAGCUCCUCCUGAAGCGCGCGGCGGACGUGGCUGAGGCUCUGUACAGCGCCCCCCGUGCGCCCGCGCCACUCGGACCCCUGGCUCCAAGCCACCCGCACCCCGCCGUCGUGGGCAUCAACGCCUUCAGCAGCCCGCUGGCCAUCGCUGUCGGGGACGCCACGCCCGGGCCGGAGCCGGGCUAUGCGCGCAGCUGCAGCAGCGCGUCCCCCCGCGGGUUCGCGCCCAGCCCCGGCUCGCAGCAGAGCAGCUACGGCAGCGGCCUCGGAGCCGGCCUCGGCGGCUACGGGGCACCUGGCGUGGCCGGACUCGGCGUGCCCGGGUCCCCUAGCUUCCUCAAUGGCUCCACAGCCACCUCACCCUUUGCCAGACUUCGAGAGGAGGCUGGCGCCCCCUGCCGGAAGCCUGAGGGAACUCAGGGCUCGAGAAAAGCGGUCCUUCCCCUGGCCCCGAGCCCCGCCGGAACCUGAGUCUGAGAGGCAGGGGUCGCGGGAGGGAAGAUGUGGUCCCCUGCUAUCUGGCUGCGCAGAGCGAGCAAAUUUUGCGUGGUCAGACAUCUGGAUUCAGAGUUUGGAUGUCCAAAUCAGGAGCUGUCUGACAUUCAGCAAGUUACUUUACUUCUUUGAACUUGAGUUUCCUCUCUGAAAAUGAGAUCAGUAUCUCACACACACACACACACACACACACACACACCCCUUGCUUAGGGUUGUUCUCAGAACAGAGUGUGCCACUGUGCGUAAAGAGCCCAGGCACAAUUCAGAAAGAGUGUAUGAUUUCAUAGUCUCAGCACUGACUGUGGGCACUGUGACCAUCCUCUGUCUGGCGUACUGGGGGGGCAGCUCAGAGCUGGGUAGAUGAGCAAUAGAGAUUUUCUGCUUUUGCCAUUUUGCACUGCCUUCAAGUCACUCCUUCCAACACCAAGUUCAAGAAUGUCCUGUUUCCAGCUCCUUAUAGUUUAGCUAUUCAGCAGACAUCUAUAAAACAUCUAUGGUGUGCCAAGCACUGGGCUCGGGGUUUAACUCCAUCCCUGCUCGCCUGCAAGGAGCCUCCCUAUCAAUUGUAAGAGAGGUUAUACCUCAAGUCCUGGGAGACGCUGCUGAGCCAGAGGAAUGGGGAAGGCUGCCCAAGGGGGAGCUGGUUGUGGCUUUUCCUGCAGUUCCCUCUCCCCAUCCUCUGGCUUAUGUUUGCUCUUGCUAAGGACUGAAUAUCUGGCCCCUGCCCAGCCUUCCUGGGUGCUGUUCCUUCUGACUGCGCAUGUGAGAUUGGCUCUCUUCUCAUGGCCUGCGCUCCCUUCUGGGACCCAAAGCCUCGUAUGGCAGCGUCCACGCAGACCAUGACGCUCUGGUGGCCCAACCAAAACCCCAUCUCUCCUGGCCCUUUGCUCACACCAGGCUCCACUGCUCCCACUUCCCUUCACUUCUGGGAAAGUACUUUUACAGCCUCUCUCUGGGUGCCCCUCAGAUUUGAAACUGGUGGGGACUGGAAUACCAGCCACUCUCCCCACCGCACACAGUGCUGUCGGCAGAGGAACACACUACUCCAGGGGGCAGAAGCCAGCCCACCUGGGGUCUCCCCAUUUAGCCAGAGGAUUGAGAGUUCUAGAGCUGCUUAAGCCCCACUUCCAGCAUCAGCUAGGGACACCUUGGACACACCUGAAGGUCCAUCCCACCUCCUGAUAUUGUCUUAACCGGUGCUUACCCAGAUCCCCAUCCAUUCUCCAUGUGCAUGGUACUUUGUGGCACACCUCCAGGGGAUGUCAUUCUCAUUGAGUUUGCCAGGACCUGCGUGGAAUGACACCCACAACUGUUCCAGACAGAGAGUCUGGGGCUGUCUGCUUGGACCUCCCUUUAGUCUUCUGCUUUAGCUGCCAGCAGCCGUGGACUGACCCACAGCUCCCAGUACUACCCAAGCUACACUAUGUGGCUGUGAGCCCCAGGCCUGAAGAGAUAUAGUACAUUUUCUGGCAUCCGUCUCAAGUCAUCUAUGGAGAUCCAUGGGGCUGAGAACAUUUAGAACAGGGACAGCUGUUGAAGGCAUCUUUGCAUGAGGGGCAGGGGCAGCUCUGAUACCAAAGGCAGCCUUCUCAGGCUAUUGGUUUCCUCCAGGAGGGUCCCAGCCCCACCGAGUUGCCGGCUACUUGGACAACACUCAAAAUCACAGCCUUAUGGGUCUUCAGAAGAAAGAGUCAGGGAAUUGGGCUCAGAUGAGGAUGUAGAAAGGGGAUCCAGAGAUGCCUUGGGCAGGCAGGAGCUCCCAGGAGAGGACGCUGCAGGAAGGAGGGGCAGGCCAAGCCUGUUUGCAGGAGGCUCCCUGGCUAUUCCCAGGAGAAGAAGCCACAGCCCUGGAUGGCUGGGGGCUAGAGAACAGGAAGAUCUGAGGAUGUCGAUCCCUACACCUUCCUUUAAAAUGGACCAGCUGGAAGAGGGAGAUACAGGAGGCCUCUUGGACCCUGGCUGGAGAUGGCAAGGACCUGCAUUAAGCUGGAAGAGAACAGAGUGCCUGGGGUGGGGGGUAAUUGGUAAGGGAACAUAUUUGUGGAGGAAGUUAGGGUGCUUGUUGUGUGAGCUGUGAUUCUAGACAGAGAAGCCUUAUAACAGGAGCUUAUGUAUACCCCCAAACUUCAUCCCUGACCACUUCCCCGAGCUCUGCUAUGAACUCUCAUCUUUGACUCUAACCUUGGCACCCCAGGGCCUAUAAAUGUUUCUUAGCAUCUCAGAAUCCUGGUGGUUUUCAGUGGGAACUCUAACUUGUUCCUUCUCUUGCUCAUCCCUCUUUGAGCAUACCUCCCAGUCUUCAGUUUUGUUGGAUGUUCUGGUUUUGCUUUCAUUUUUACCUAGUCUUAUCCUGUCACCUCCAGUUCUGAGAAGGGGUCUGCAAAACCCCCAAAAAGGCGAGUGCUGGCCCAAGACCCCAGACGCUUCCAGCUUGUCUCUAGUCCCUGCCCUGUGCUGGUCUCCCCAAAAUCCUCACAGCCCCCAUUGAGGUCUGAGCCUGGUGCCCAGGUCAGCAGCCCAUGUGGGGCCCACUGCCCAGACCAGGGCCCCAACUGAGCUGCUCACUCUGGUGCUGUCUCCCUGUUGUGUCUCCCACCGCCUUCCCUGCUGCACCUGCCCCUCCCCGCCC